AUGUUGGAGGGCUACGCCGUGUACCGAGCGCUCUUCAGGCCCAGACCACCGGACACCGGGCCCGGAGUCCACCACCACCCAUUGCUCGGUCUCAAGCUCGAGCGGCGGCGCAAGAUCCUGAUGCUCUUGUCCAUCUUCGCCACCACGGUCACCUACACGGCAGGGCUGAGUCCACCCGACGGCUUCUGGCCCGACAGCCGGGAAGGCCACCGCCCAGGCAGCCCGGUUAUGGAGGACCAACACCACUCGCGACGCUUCAUCGCCUUCUUCAUCUGCAACACCGCCGCUUUCAUCGCAUCACUCAGGGGAAUCAUGCUCCUAACCACCAUCAGAAGCAAGUUCAAGGACGGCGACGGCAAUGGGCGGUGGUGGUACGUCCUCUAUGGGCACGUCGUGGUGGCGCUGCUCGGCCUCUUGGGCGCCUACACCUUCGGAAGCUGCAGGGAGACUCACUCCACCCUCUAUGUCUUUGGCCUCGUCUUCCCGGCUGUUCUGGCCUACACCGCCAUCCAAUUCAUCAUCCAGCGAUACUGGUGGGAUGAGCUCGUGGACCUCUCGGAACAAGGCAAGGCACGCUUAAGGUCCUACUGGACCAGCCUAAGCUUGAGGUUGGGGUCAUGCUGGAGCAGCAUGUACUCUUGCUGGACCGACCCCGACGAGGAUGACACGUGGGAGGAAGAAGAAGAUGGCCUUGGAACAGAGACGACUGCCACGACGGUAAAGAGGGUCCACACUGCGGUGCUGCUUCUUGCCACUCUCUCGGCGACCAUCACGUACCAAGCAGGGAUGAACCCGCCGGGCGGCUUCUGGCUGGACAGCCGCGACGGGCACACGGGCGGCGACCCGAUACUCCUGACCACGCAUGCCGGACGCUACAAGGUCUUCUUCGCCUUCAACUCCCUCGCCCUCGUCACCUCCGUCGUCGUCAUCGUGAUGGUCCUCACGAGGCAUCCGUCGAGCGCCGUCCACAAGCACCACGCGCUGGAGGCCGCCAUGAUACUCGACCUGCUCAGCCUCAUGGCCGCCUACGCGGUCGGGUGCGGCCGGGACGUGAACGCGUCCGUCCGCGUCAUCGCCCUGGCCGGCGGCCUCCUGGUCUGCGUCGUGAUCCACAUCGUCUUCUUCACGCUCAAGACCAGGAGGAGGGAGAAGCCGGAGCUGCUCAAGAAGAAGCGCAAGCUGCUGCUGCUGUUCGCCAUCCUGGUCGUCACCAUCACCUACCAAGCUGGGCUCGCUCCGCCGGGUGGCUUCUGGCUCGACGAUGACGGCGGCCACGCCGCGGGCUACGCGGCUCUCUCGCCAGCAACUACCCUCGCCGUUACACCACCUUCUUCUAUUGCAACGCGGCGAGCUUCAUGUCCUCGGUGGUAA